AAAGUGAAUCUUUCUAUACUCAGUCACUAGAUGUGUGCGUUCAUUGUUGGUUGACUCACUGGGUUUCAGCGUUAUUCCAUUGAAUGAAAUGUCAAUUUUCAUUAAAGAAUGUACUGUUUUUGUUUUGAUGCUUGGACUGAGUAUAGUUGAAGGACACAUUACCUGUGACACGUGUCGUUCGACGAAAAGCUGGACGGAAUGCAAUCAGGCGGCCGAACCCGUGGAAUGUCGUCACAUCAUGCUUCGGGGCAUGUUGUAUCACUGGGGCUAUAAGAAUCCAAAUUUGACGGUGGCCGCCGACCUUGCUGAUCCAGACCGAUACAAGUGUGUUCAGUUGAAGAUUAUCGAGGAAAAUAAAAGUCCACUCUAUAUGAAGCAGUGCACCCUGGAGCAGACUGACUGGUGCAGUGGAUGGAUCGAUGGCGUAACCGUUGAGGAUUGCAGCGAUGGUUCCUACUGGCUCGAGAUUGUUUUAGUGGUUUUCUUUCUUCUGGUGUUUAUUGCGUUUGUGAUUUUGUAUUGCUUUUACAUUCGAUACAAACACGUGUUCGAAGGGGGAUUCUUUGCUUAGGUCAACUUGAUAGAUGUUGGUUUUGUAACAAUAAUAUUCGAUUAUUUACCGUCAUAAAUGCAUCAAAUCAUCCAGAGAGGAAUUCAUUUCGAAACAUUAAAAAGUUUUCUAGACAAUAAAAAUGACUGAAGAAUUUCCUCUUAAUAAGGCACAUGUACUUAAAGGAUACAAUUUUUAUCGUAUGUGUUAAAGCUUUGAAUUUUACAAAAACUAUGUAAAGGGAUACUA